UGGCGUUACUUUCGCUCGCUGUUCUGUACUGUUAAUCGGUUAAAAAAUGGCCACGCGAUCCCUGUGGCGCACUCGAACCAAGCUCGCUGUAGCAGCCACAGCUUUAUGCGGCGGCUGGGCUGCCGCCACUGUAUCCACCUCAGAUGAUCCAGCGACGGCACUCAAGCUCUGCACAGCCGUUCCUCUCCGCCUCGUCAGGGACUCCAUUACCGCUGCCUCCAUUGCUUUCGAUUAUGAGUAUUCUCUGUUUGGACUUCCGGAAGGAAGUAGUGAGAGAGCACAGGUCAAGCAUGAAGUUCACCUCAGGUCCGCACGUAAGCUUCAAGAAUUAUGUUUCAGAAAUGGAGGAAUAUAUAUCAAGCUUGGUCAACACAUUGGGCAGUUGGAUUACUUGGUACCUCAAGAGUAUGUCCAGAUAAUGAGGGAAUCUAUGUUGAAUAAAUGUCCAGUUUCGUCAUAUGAUCAAGUGUGUGAAGUUUUCAAGAAAGAGCUUGGAGAAACACCUGAUCAAGUUUUUGAAGAAUUUGAUCCUGUUCCUAUAGCAAGUGCCUCCCUUGCACAAGUUCAUGUAGCUCGUACGCAUGAUGGCCAAAAAGUUGCUGUUAAGGUUCAGCACACUCACAUGACCGAUACUGCGGCUGCAGAUCAUGCCACUGUGGAGCUGAUUGUGAAUACCCUUCAUAAGUUUUUUCCUUCUUUUGACUAUAGAUGGUUGCUUGAUGAAAUGCGUGAAAGUUUGCCCAAGGAACUAGAUUUUUUGCUUGAAGCCAAGAAUAGUGAAAAGGUUAUGGAGAAUUUUCGGAAGCUAUCUCCUUAUAUUGCAAAUUAUAUAUAUUCACCAAGGGUGCAUUGGAAUUUAAGUACUUCAAAGUUGUUGACCAUGGAAUUUAUGGAUGGUGCACAAGUGAAUGAUGUGAAGACCAUUCGAAAACUUGGUAUUCAACCCCAUGAAGUUGCCAGAUUAGUUAGUCAAGCUUUUGCUGAGAUGAUAUUUAAGCAUGGUUUUGUGCAUUGUGACCCACAUGCUGCUAACUUGCUUGUUCGCCCAUUGCCAUCUGGCAGAAAGAGUAUAUUAGGUAAGAAAGAACCACAAUUGGUACUUCUUGACCAUGGUCUAUACAAGGAACUGGACUUCUCUACUAGAUUUAACUAUGCUGCUCUUUGGAAGGGAUUGAUAUUUGCUGAUGCUAAUGCAAUAAAGGAAAAUAGUGUCAAAUUGGGUGCUGGUGAGGAUCUUUAUGCACUAUUUGCAGGGAUUCUAACUAUGAGGCCCUGGAAUAGGGUCAUCGAUCCUGCUGUUGACCAUUUGGUCAUACAAGGCACUGAAGGCGAUCGAUCUGAAUUACAGAUGUAUGCAUCAGAGUAUUUUCCUCAGAUCUCAGAGCUUCUAAGGAGACUGCCACGUGUAAUUCUGUUAAUGCUGAAGACAAAUGACUGUUUACGAGCUGUUAAUAAUUCUCUGGUUCAGGGAUCUUCUCCUGAGACAUUCUUGAUCAUCGGAAAAGUUUCUUCAAAGGCAGUCAUUGAGGCAAAGAUGUCGCAGAAUAAAUCCUUCUUAAACUAUUUCAGUAUCUGGUUGGAGGAGAUAUACUUGGAAGCUCGACUUUUCAGUAUACAGAUAUUCAUGUGGCUUUUACAGUUCCGGAAAGCUCUUUCUUUGUGAAGUUAACAAUCACAUAUACUCUGUUUCAGUUACUAAUUCUCAUAUUCAUUGCCUCCGUGGUUGAGAUCUUUCCAUCAACGUGCAGGUUUCAAGCUCGGAUUGCUACAUUUAUUCUUUAUUUAAAAAAAGAAAACUGAUAAAAUUAUUUUUUCAUAUACACAUGAUACCUUCCCAUGUUCCUGGGUGGUUGAUUAAUGUUGUUAAACGUCAUUCAAAAAUAUUACUGAAUAAUAAACUGAAAGAAAUAAAGUGUUUCUUGAGGUAUUAUU